AGGGUGGGAGUUCAGGGUAUAAAGGCAGUGACUGUAACUCACACUGUCAACAGUGAAGGAUAACAGAAGAAGACAUCAGAGAAGACUAUUUGCCUGAACAGCACACACAGCUUAACAGUCAAGAUGUCCAAGGUUUUCAAGAAGACCAGCGGCAACGGACAUAUUGCCCUGUACUUGGGGAAGAGAGACUUUGUGGACCAUAUUGAUUCAGUGGAUGUUGUUGAGGGGGUCGUGAAAGUGGACCCAUCUGGUCUUAAUGGCAGAAAAGUGUUUGCAUACCUUGCUUGUGCCUUCCGCUAUGGAAGUGAGGACCUGGAUGUGAUUGGGCUGUCCUUCAGGAGAGACAUCUGGAUUGAGCGUGUUCAGGUUUACCCACCAAAAGAUGGGAACUCCACUAAAUCACCAAUGCUAGAAUCCCUCCUCAAGAAAGUUGGAGAUCAAGGACAUCCCUUCUCCUUCCAGAUGCCAACAAACCUCCCGUGCUCAGUUGCCUUGCAGCCUGGCCCUAAUGAUGCUGGAAAGGCUUGUGGUGUGGACUUUGAGGUUAAAGCAUAUAUUGCCAACGAACCUGACAGUGCAGAUGAAGUCAUUGAGAAAAAGGACACCUGCCGCCUGGUGAUUCGCAAAAUCCAGUUUGCUCCAGCAAACAACAAAGCUGGACCCAAGGCUGACAUCUCCAAGCAGUUCAUGAUGUCUGACAAACCUGUCCAUCUGGAGGCAUCCCUUGAAAAAGAGAUUUAUUACCACGGUGAUCCAAUCACUGUCAAAGUAAAAGUCAACAAUGAAACCAGCAAGGUUGUGAAGAAAAUUAAAGUUUCAGUCGAUCAGUUCACAAAUGUUGCACUGUAUUGCUCUGACACAUAUGUCAAGACAGUCUGCGGAGAGGAGUUUGGGGAGACCAUAAACGCCAAUGGAAAACUUGAGAAGUCCUUUUCAUUAACCCCCCUGCUGUCCAACAACAAAGAGAAGCGUGGCCUUGCUGUAGACGGACGGCUCAAAGAUGAGGACACCCACCUUGCGUCCACUACCCUGAGUCAGGGAGAUAAGGAGAUGCAGGGGAUCAUUGUCUCCUACAAAGUCAAGGUCAAUCUGAUGGUGUCAAGCGGAGGCCUCCUGGGUGGCCUAACAUCAAGUGAUGUCACUGUGGAGCUCCCUCUGACUCUGAUGUCUCCAAAGCCUGCAGAAGUCAAAUUGGAUUAAAGGCCUGUUAGUUCAGAUCCGAUAUCACACUUGAUGCCACUGAAGGAUGAGAAAACCAGUCAAGGAAAAUCAUCUCCAACAAUGAAGUCAGAACGAAAGUAACUCAACAUCAAGCAAAGGAAUUC